AUGAGCCGUAGUGCAGCCCAGGAGGUCAGGGCACGGCAGGGGGGCAUUAUUGCACAGUGCAGUGCAGGGGGUUUUUCGGGCUUUUAUAGGGCGUGGUUAUUGUGCGGUGUUCCUCGGGUGUUCAGGGUAGGCUUUACGGUCAAUAGCUUCCCCACGCCCCCACCAACACCCAAGCCUCCACAGGCCCCUAGGACCCCCACAGCCCCCCAGGACCCCACAGCCCCCCAGGACCCCACGACCCUCCACAGGACCACCCCCAACCCACAGCCCAGGACCCCACAGGCCAGACCACAGCCCCCAGGACCCCACAUCCUCCCCCUAGGACCCCACAAGCCUCCCACAGCCCCCCUCCAGGACCCACAGCAGGCACGGGCGGCCGGCAAGAAAGUUACGGGUGGGCGUGGAAGAAUCCGCCCGAAAAACCGAGUUCCCCACAAUGGGCGGGCCGGGAAUCGGAGCCGUGGCGGUUCAGCGCGGUUGAUCACGGUUUCGCCAGAGGCUCCGUUUGGCGACGAGGCUCACCGACCGUUCCCGCGUGUUACUACGGCCGUCCGAGUUAUCUUGGCCAUCGAUCAUUCAGAAUGCCCUCCAAUCCCACCAUUACACGCCUGGGCAUUAACUGCAAAAAAUCCAGGCGUUUAUUACCGCGGAGCCCCGUCGGUGAGCGCCAGUGGGUCGUCCCUCGCCGCUCGCGCCGCCAAGCACCGAAAGGGAGAGACAAACACGGAAGAAUUAAGGGAAGACGCGACCGGCCCCAAAUUGCCUUGUAUGAGUAGACCCUCGAUUCCAUCAGCGGAGUAUUGGCUCCGGAAGAUAAGAAUCAGCCCUGAUGACCCCCCGACCUUUGACCGGCCAAAUGACCUGACCGUGGCUGUCCGUACAGAGAGCGCGGACGGAAUGGCCGGUGCUAAAAGGUGUCGUUCGGCGCCGCGCUCGUCUCGGCCGCAAUAA